ACCUGUGCGCUCUCAGUGCGCCACUGGCGGAAGCGUGCGGUACUACAGGCGCACGGCCGCCGCGCGGGGGCGCUCAAUCGAAGCAGCACGAGCGGCGGCUGCAGGCCGAAACGCUGAGAGCAAAUACAGCACAGGCCGCUCUUAGCAAGCAGAGACCCACGAACCUCCACCCACCGCUCGGACCGGGCCAUGGCGGCGGAACCGUGCUCGCAAAUUGAAGCCGAACUUUAUUACCUGAUCGCCAGAUUCCUGCAGUCUGGACCAUGUCAGAAAUCCGCUCAGAUGCUGCUGCAGGAGCUGCACGAAUACGAGAUCAUCCCGAAGCGCUGGAGCUGGGAUGGAAAGCAGUUUAAGCGAAGCUUUGAAGACUGGGUCUUGUUAAAUCAGCACAUACCUGCGGAUUACCUGUUGCGUGUGUGUGAGCAGAUGGGCCCACUGAUAGAUAAACACAUUCCUCCCAGUGUUCCUGGAGUCCACAGUUUGCUGGGCACAGGCCAACAGUCAUUACUACGGACAGCAAAAAGUUCUUCUCAUGCAGUAUGGAGUGGUUCUGCAGUAGUUGCUUUGCACAGGGGGCGGCCCCCAGAACCACCUCUCAACUGUGCCAAACCACCAACUAUAGUGUCAAUCAUGGGUGCUCGCCAAAAAACAGGAGUGGCUCGAUUUGGCCAUGCCUUCCCCUCCUUAACCUAUCAGCACAUGAAGAUGCAUCGAAGGAUUCUGGGCCAUCUCUCAUCAGUAUACUGUGUGGCGUUUGACCGCACUGGACAUCGUAUUUUCACGGGUUCUGAUGACUGUCUAGUGAAGAUCUGGGCUACGGAUGAUGGUCGUCUCCUAGCCACUCUGCGCGGACAUGCGGCAGAGAUUUCAGACAUGACAGUAAAUUUCGAGAACACGCUUCUUGCUUCUACCAGCUGUGACAAGGUCAUCCGCGUGUGGUGCCUGCGUACUUGUGCACCUGUGGCAGUGUUGCAGGGGCACACGGCCUCUAUCACCUCCAUACAGUUUUCUCCAUCAGCAUUAGGUUCCUCUCGGUAUCUGGCCACCACUGGAGCUGAUGGCAUGGUGUGUUUCUGGCAGUGGAACUCACUCAACAUGAAGUUUGAUGAUCAGCCCGUGAAGUUUAUGGAACGUUCUCGUCCUGGAGUUCAGAUAUCCUGCAGCUCAUUCAGCUCUGGGGGAUUGUUUCUGGCCACUGGAGGGACAGAUCACAUUAUCAGAGUUUACUACCUCGGUACAGAGACGCCUGUGAAGUUUUCUGACCUGGACUCCCACACGGAUAAAGUUGUAGCUAUUCAAUUCUGCAAUAACACAGAUGGUCUCAGAUUUGUGAGUGGUAGUCGGGAUGGUACGGCACGAAUUUGGCAUUACCAACAGCAGGAAUGGAAGAGUACCAUCCUGGACAUGACCACCAGAUUACCAGGGAGCGCUGUGAUAUCAGGCGAUGACAAAUCGACCAAGUUGGUGGUGACCAUGGUCGCGUGGGAUCGUUGCGAUCGUUCCAUCAUCACAGCUGUUUCAAACUGCAUCCUCAAAGUCUGGAACUCAGCAAAUGGCCAAUUACUGCAUGUGCUGUCGGGUCAUGAUGAUGAGGUGUUUGUUUUGGAAGCACACCCCUUUGACCCGCGAAUCUUGCUAUCAGCCGGUCAUGAUGGUAACAUCUACAUCUGGGACCUCAGUAAAGGUCUCAAGAUUAGAAACUUCUUCAAUAUGAUUGAGGGCCAGGGUCAUGGUGCUGUGUUUGACUGUAAAUUUUCAGUGGAUGGACAGCACUUUGCCUGCACAGACUCUCAUGGUCAUCUGCUCAUCUUCGGAUUUGGGUGCAGUCAGCCUUAUGAAAAGAUUCCAGACCAAAUGUUCUACCAUACGGACUUCCGGCCACUGAUCCGGGACUCCAAUAACUUUGUUCUAGAUGAGCAGACGCAGCAGGCACCCCAUCUUAUGCCUCCACCUUUUCUGGUGGACGUAGAUGGGAACCCCCACCCACCACGUUACCAGCGCCUGGUGCCAGGCAGAGAAAACUGCAAAGAGGAGCAGCUUGUGCCACAGAUCGGCUACAUGGCUAAUGGUGAUGGCGAAGUGGUUGAGCAGGUGAUUGGCCAGCAGACUACAGACGAAUCUCAGGAAGAAAGCCCAUUGGAUGACCUGAUUAGGGAGCUCCAGCACCAGCAAGAUGAGCAGAGACUCAACUCAGGAAAUCCUACAGAUGCUGAGGUGGCAGUUGGUCCUCUGUCACCCCCUAACGUUGGGCUGCGACGUAGUGGACAAGUUGAGGGUGUACGGCAGAUGCACAACAAUGCCCCCCGCAGUCAGAUCGCCACAGAGAGAGACCUGCUGGCAUGGAGCCGCCGCGUGGUGGUUAAUGAAGUCCAGUCUGGCAUAUUCAGAGUGAUGGAGGACAGUAGGCGUGCUAAAGGAGAGGUGGAGCGGUCUUUCUACAAAAUUGAAAAGAAGAAAAAAUCAGCACCCACAACAGGAAGUGAGCCAGUGGGUGACAGUGUUCGCAUGUUACGGAGGCCUCAGCGAAAACCUCAGCAGAGGAGACACACGUAUCAGACCCGCUCAACUCGAGAAAGGAGACGCAGCACAAGUGUGCUUUCGUACACUCAUAACGAGGAAAGUGUGGCAGAGUCCGACAGUGAAGCAGAGCAGGAGGAGGAACAGAAUGAGAACAGUGAUGUGUCAUCUGAUGGUGAAGCUCAGUGGGAGAAUGACAGUAGCUCCAGGGCAACGAUGUGUGGAGAAGGAGAGGCUGAGAGAACGAGUAAACGGACUAAAAAGAAACCUAAACAGACUAAACAGCGGUCUGUGCCUGCUGGAGAUUUAGAGGAAUUGUUGCCCCCAUCUUGGAUCAUGGAGACAAUUCCAAGACGAUCACCCUUUGUACCUCAAAUGGGAGAUGAGUUGAUAUAUUUCCGUCAGGGUCAUCAAGCAUAUGUCCGAGCCGUGUGUCGUGCCAAAGCCUACAGCAUCAACCCUCAGAAACACCCCUGGAACCGCCUGAACCUCAGGGAUCAGGAGUCUGUAAAGGUAGUGGGUAUUAAAUAUGAAGUCGGGCCGCCCACUCUGUGCUGCCUCAAACUGGCCCUCCUGGACCCCACCUCAGGGAAAAUGACCAACGAAUCCUUUAGCUUGAAGUGUCAGUUGCAAGAUACCAAUGUGGCAAAGGCAUUCUCCUGCCCUGUAGAUUUGAGGGAAUAUUCGCUGUACUGCACUGUUGUGGCCUAUCUCACUGACAUCGGCACCAUCAGAACAAGAUUAGUGCACCGUUUCUACAGGCGGAUCUCAGCACUUAUGUGGGAGGUGCGUUACAUUGAACACAACGCUCGAACAUUUAACGAACCCCAGACCCCCAUCGUCAAGGCAGCCAAAACAGUCAGCAGCAUCCUGCUGCGUUUCAUCAGGCGGAUCUCAGCACUUAUGUGGGAGGUGCGUUACAUUGAACACAACGCUCGAACAUUUAAUGAACCCCAGACCCCCAUCGUCAAGGCAGCCAAAACAGUCAGCAGCGUCCUGCUGCGUUUCAUCAGGAUAUUGUGGAUGUGGACUCAAUAUGCUGAACCUGGUAAUUCCAGGAGAAUCUUCAGUAUGACUCUGAGUCUGUCAGCGUUCUUUGAGAAUCAGAUCAUUUCCAUAAUCUCAGACUACAAAUCUGCAGUUCAGAAUCAGCGUAGGAGUCAACAGAGACUCAGUUGCAGCAAGAGAUUACAGGGCUCCUAUCCCAACAGCCCCAAAGGAAAACAGAAAUCAGGAACGAAAACUUCCCAGGUGUCUUCGAAGGCCCGCUCACGGAAAUCCUCUCAAGAUUUGAAUGUUGCACAAGUUGAUGAAGACAGUCAGCAAUCCUCUUCAUCCUCUUCCUCCUCAUCUUCCUUGUCCUUUUCAGCAGAGCAGGCAGGAGCCAACAGAGUUACACGCAGCCAUGUUGUUACACCAGGCAAAUCCUCAGGUGGCAAUGGCUUUCUGCCAAACGCAGGUCGAAGUUCACGUCGGAGAGCUGCCACGUUAACUGAAGAGGGAGAGGUCUCUGAAUGUGAGAGUACCAGCUCAUCAUCAUCCUCAACAUCCGCAUCGUCGUCCUCUUCCGGAACCUCGUCGUCUUCGUCCGAGAGUGACGACAGCGGGGCUGAGGUGGCCAGCUUUGCCGACGGCGGCGAUCAUGACUACAGCAAAGCCCCGCAACACAAACAGAAAGGCAACGCGGCAUCGGCCUCUGUUGAAAACGCAAAACGAAAACGGAAAGUAGGAUCGCAAACAACAACACCAGAAAAACGAGCACGGCGAGCAAAUGAAAGAGAUGAAGAGGAGCCUGAGGAAGAACCAGAGGAAGAGGAGGAACCUGAGGAGGAAGAGGAGGAACUUGAAGAAGAAGAGGAAUCAGAAGGGGAAGACGAUGUCAUUUCGUCGUCAACAAAAACUGGAAGUCAGAGGUCAAAUCAAAGUACUCCAAAGUCGGGGCGGGUUAAUACUCGUAACCAGGGUCGAAGGACUGUCCUGUACAACGAUGACUCUGAAGAUGAGGGGCUGACAACAGACCCACUGAAUCUAGGAAUGUCACGUUCUGGAAGAGUCCGUCGCAUGACUGAACGUGCAAGGGUCAGCCAUCUCAUGGGCUGGACACAUUGACAUUUUAUGAUGUUUACACAGACUCACUACAGCGAUACUGCAGGGAUUUUGUUUUUGUACUGUCUUUUUGUGACUUGUUUGUUUUGCUGUUUUUGUCUCCAAAACUUGAUGUUCAUGACUCUUCCUGGACUGUGGUGCUCUCUCUUCUCUGUGGUUUCCACAGAAACUACCACGCCAUCAACAGCCACACCUCUGCCUUAUUCUGGUCCAGAGUGCUAAAGAGUCAACUUUCCUUCCCCCUCUCUGUGUUCAUCAUCCCUUCCUCCUCCUGUUUCACUUUGAUUUCCAUCUUGGUUUCUUUUACUCCGAGGAAUUUAUUCUGUCAGAAAGAUGGUGCUGCUCUCCUCUCCCUUCCUCCAUCUCGGAUUCUUUUCAUACCCUUUUUUACGCAGGGAGUCAUUGAGAAUACUUACGUUUACCGUCUAAUUCAGCUGACUUGACUUUACUAUUAAAUCAGGUUAUGCAUUUACCUCUGUUCAAUAAUAUAAUCAAUUUUGGUGCAGGUGCAACCUCUGAGGUGCAUUAACUACUUCCAGAUCACUCAUUAAUCUAUUUGAGCACAGACGCGAGGAGGAUUAUGGGAAAUGUAGGAGAAAAUGCACUUCUCCCUUCUCCUCUUGUUCAAAUACACAAACACUUCAGACUGUUUUUACAGAAUAUAUUUAUAUUUUUCCACUCUUGUAUGAUACACUUUGAUUCAUUCUUAUCUUGCAGUAAGGAGAACAUUAGUAUUGAUAAUGUUUGCACAUUUUAUGUCAAGUAUAUGUGGCAGCUGAUUGGUGGAUGUGAGGUGAUGUCUGAAUCCUGGACUCUGGCUGGUUCAGAUAUAAUGUAAAUUGAAGCUGGUGCCCUCAAGCUAUCUGAAGAGCAACAGACUGUUUAUUUUUAUUAUUUUCUCUACACCAUUAUCAUGAAAGACUGAAAAGGCUGUUAUGUUUUGAACAAGGAAGACAACAAGAAACUCUGAAAAUCAUCUACUGUGAUCAUGUAAUCAAUGUUAAUGUGUUUCACUGGUGUAUUUUCAGGAUAGUGAAGACAUAAAUUGAAGCGAUCAUAAGUUGAAUCGGAGUUUGGUUUGUGGUGUCAAGGGGUGUGUGUACAAAAA